UUCUUUCAAUUCAGUUGUGAAAAAAAUACUUGUACACGACGUCAACUCAAGUCUUAGACACUUAAGCCUUCUCGUUCAGACUUGACCGUCUUCAUUUCCUGGCAUUACAAUGGAAAAAGUGGCGGCAUUCGCACGAAUUCAAAACGCUUCGUCCACCAACAUGCCUGUGAAUCUUUCUUCCGAAGCUGAUCUAGUACAAGAGUCUGGUUGUUUCCACGGGGAUGCAUUCGCGAUUAAAAUUGUUCGUAUUCUUCCAUAUUUCUUCAUAAUCACAAUCUCCUUGAUCGGAAACUCAUUGGUGGUCGCAGUUGUUUUCAAGAAUCAACGUAUGUGGACAACGGUGAAUUUUUACAUUGUCAACAUGGCCGUCGCAGAUCUCCUAAUUACAAUCUACAUGCCCCGAACGUUCACAGUAGCUUUUGUGGGAUACGAAUGGCUCGUGGGUGGAACAGCCGGCCAGGUCUUCUGUAAAAUGUCCAUCCUUCUCAACCAGAUUCCGAUGAUAGUUUCCACCUUUACGGUGGUUGCCAUAAGUUUCGAUCGUUUCAAUGCUGUGGUCUUCCCUUUGAAAACUUUAGUUUCCACGCGAAUCUGUAAAGUGAUCAUCCUAUGUACAUGGUUGGUGGCAUUAGCAUUCCGUAUCCCAACCAUUUACGCGGUGGAAAUCAUGACAAGAGAGUCAGACGGCAAACUUUUCUGUUAUCUUAGACUAGACGAGAAAUUCGGUUUCGGGGUUAAGAGAAUUUACUAUCACUUUAACAUGAUAGCCAUAUUUUCCGUUCCUCUUUUAAUGAUCGUUAUCUUCUACACCACCAUUAUUGUGACACUAAAACGAAGAAAAACACCUGGGCUCACGCCAGAAAAUUCCUCCAACAACAGUGAAGGAUUCCGACGCAGAGAAGUGGUUAAAAAGAAGGUUCUUCGCCUUGUGUCUAUUGUAGUUACCGCUUUUGUACUCUGCUGGUCCCUGUACUACGUCAGACUGAGUAUGUUUGCUUAUGGUCGUGACCUCUCAUGUGACUGGCUGUACGUUCGCCUUCUUUUAGCUCACAUGAACAGCGCGCUAAAUCCAUGUUUGUACGCUAUAUUUAGUGAGAAUUACCGCAGAGGGUUUAAAAAGAUCCUAGCUCGAGCUAACUUCUGUAAAAGACGUUUUCAAAGAGCAGAUUCGCUCAGAUCCGUGAGGUGGCAUAGGGCUUGGGACAGUAAUGGAAGUAUUAGCAUAAGAAUCGAGCCGGAAACUCAAAAACCAUCUUCUUUGUAACUGUUUAUUCCAGUGAUGAAAUGUUUUCCCUUCCUAAGAGUAAAAUGGGAACGUUUACAGGGAACAUUUUCUGGUUAACAGGCCUUUUUAAUUGCCACAGAGGGCUUUUUAUAUUGUUGAUAGAAUCAUGCUCUUAAUGGUUUUCCUUUACUUUUUAAAAGCUACAGAUGGUUUUAAUAUUGUUAGUAGGGUCAUGCUCUUAAUGUUUUUCCUCCACUUUAUUAGUUGUCGAAAUAAAGGGCAUAAACGACCUAAGCUAUAACCCCACAUUACUCAACCUUUCACAUCGGCGAAA